AUGGGUGGUUGUUGGGGUGUGGGGGUGUGGGGGAGGUUGUGUUUAUGGUUUGUGGGAUGGGGUGGGGGGGGUAGUUUAUUAUUGAUGUUUGGUUUGUGGGGUUGGAUGGGGAUGGGGGGGGUUGGUUGGGAUGGGGGGUGGGUUGGGGGUGGAGGGUAUUUGUUUAGAGGGGGGGAAGGGAAGGGGGGAUUAAGUGGGGGGGGAAAUGUGGUGAAGUUAGAUAUAAUAGGGGGGGGGGGGGAUAAGGAGGGGGGUGUAUGGGGGUUGUGGGAGGGUGGGAUGAGGUGUGGGGGAUAUGUUUGUGGAUGGUGGAGGGGUGGUUGUUGUUUGUUAUGGGUUGUGAGGGAUUUGGUAUGUGAGUUUGGGAUGUUUUUGGGGGGGGGGGGGGGUUUUGUUUGGUGGUGUGGUGGGGGUUUGUGUGGGGGGGGAUUAUGGGGGAUUUGUUGGGGUGGGGGGGGGGGGGGGGGUGUGGUGGUGGGGGGAUGGGAUUGGGGUUUUUUUGGUUUGUUGUUUAUUGGUGGGGGUGGUGAUGUUUGGUUUGUGGGGGGUUGGAGUGUGGGGGGGGGGGGGUUGGUUUGGUGGGGGGGGGGUUGGGGGGUGGUGAGGGUUUAA